AUGUUCGCCCAGACCAUGUUCGUACUCGGCCUCGCCCUGUCCGUCGCAGUGGCCAUCCCCAUCGAUCCCUAUGGCUCCUCCAUCUCGUAUGGAGCUCCGGCCGUGUCGUAUGCCUCUCCAGCCAUCUCGUAUGCUGCCCCUGCCAUCUCGUAUGCUGCACCCAAACUGCUGGCCGCCCCAGCCAUCUCGUAUGCGGCGCCAGCCAUCUCGUAUGCAGCACCCAAGCUGUUGGCUGCUCCCCUGGCCGUGGCCAAGGUGGCUGUGCCAGAGCCCUACGAUCCCAAUCCACAGUACAGCUUCUCGUACGGCGUGACCGAUCAGAAGACCGGCGACUCCAAGCAGCAGGAGGAGACGCUCGUCAAUGGUGUGGUCCAUGGCAGCUACUCCCUGGCCGAGCCCGAUGGCACCAUUCGCAAGGUCACCUACACCGCCGACAAGGUUAAUGGCUUCAAUGCGGUCGUCGAGAAGAAGGGCGUGGCGAUUGCCAAGCCCGUCCUGGCCGUUGCCGCCGUACCGACCCUCACGAAGAUUGGAUACGCCUCUGGCCCGGGCCUCAGCCUGGGCGGACACUACUAGGAGGAGCAGCAUGACGAACUCUCUGCCACCCCUCUGGGCCCAGGACCUGUUGUUAAGUAGUUCUAAUACACCGAUUAACACCCUUUUCACACCCUCUGUCACCCCUGAAAACCCCAUGAACGUGCGUGCUGUUGACCCACUUCCCGAUCCCGAUUCAGAUUC